CGCAAGAGAAUACCACUUGUCUCCAUUUUUUUCCCUAUUUUCCUCCAUUUUUUCAUUUCUUCCUCAAUUCUAUAUUUUUCAUUAACUAAAAACAUUCAUAUUAUUGAUUUAUUAUAAAAAACCAUGUCAACUUUAAUUACUCUAUUUAUUGUAAUUACCUCUCUUUUUGUAUACUCUGAAUCUAUUACCAGCAGAGCUGAUUUUCCUCAAGGUUUUACGUUUGGAACUGCCUCUUCUGCUUAUCAGUUUGAAGGAGCUGUAAAUGAAGGAAAUAAAGGACUUAGCAUUUGGGAUACAUUUACAAGGCAACCUGGAAGAAUAUUGGACUUCAGUAAUGCAGAUACAACUGUUGAUCAAUAUCAUAGGUUUAAGGAUGAUAUAGAUUUGAUGAAGGAUUUAGGAAUGGAUGCCUAUAGAUUUUCAAUAUCAUGGCCAAGAAUAAUUCCAAAUGGAACAGGGGAGCCCAAUUCAGAAGGAAUAGAAUACUACAAUAGCCUUAUCGAUGCCUUACUCGAAAAAGGAAUCGAGCCUUACGUAACUCUCUAUCAUUGGGACCUUCCACAGAUCCUUGAAGAUAACUACCAGGGAUGGUUGAGCAAGCAAAUAGUAAAUGACUUUAAACAUUAUGCUUUCAUUUGCUUCCAAGCUUUCGGAGAUCGAGUUAAACACUGGAUCACUUUCAAUGAACCUCAUGGUUUCUCCAUUCAAGGUUACGAUACCGGUAUUCAAGCUCCCGGAAGAUGUUCUAUUCUCGGACAUCUUUUUUGUAAGACGGGAAAUUCAUCAGUUGAGCCUUAUAUCGUAGCUCAUAACAUUUUGUUAUCACAUGCUGCUGCUUAUCGCUGUUAUCGGACUUACUUCAAGGCAAAACAAGGAGGUCAGAUUGGAAUAGCAUUAGAUUCCAAGUGGUAUGAGCCAAUAUCCGAUGCUGACGAGGACAAGGAAGCGGCGCAUAGAGCGAUGGACUUCUCCAUCGGAUGGUUUCUUGAUCCACUUUUCUUCGGCAAAUAUCCUCUUUCAAUGAAAAAGCUCGUCGGUGAAAGAUUACCAGAGAUCACUCCUCAGAUGUCGAAAUUCUUAGUCGGAUGCUUGGACUUCAUUGGCAUUAACCAUUACACAACAUUGUAUGCUAGAAACGACAGGACUCGAUUUCGGAAACUAAUAUUGCAAGAUGCUUCAUCUGACACUGCUGUAAUUAGCACAGCUUAUCGAAGAGGUGUACCUAUCGGAGAACAAGCUGCUUCGCGUUGGCUACGCAUUGUCCCUUGGGGCAUUCGUAAAUUAGUGAACUAUGUGAAAGAUAAGUACGACAAUCCGCCGGUGAUGAUAACAGAAAAUGUAUUUGCAGGCAUGGACGAUAAGAACAAACCAUUUACAACUUUAAACAAGGCAUUACAGGAUGAUAAGAGAAUAGAAUACCACAGAGACUAUCUAUCAAACCUGUCUGCAGCUAUAAGGGAGGAUAAGUGCAACGUUCGGGGCUAUUUUGUUUGGUCUGUACUAGACAACUGGGAAUGGAACUCGGGUUAUACCGUCAGAUUUGGACUUUACUAUGUCGAUUACAAAAACAAUCUUACGAGAAUACCAAAAGCUUCUGCUCUAUGGUUCAAAAGUAUACUCAGACUAAACAGUGAUCUUCAAAGCCAGCUAUAAAAUGUAUAUAUUACGAGAUUGUAUAUUUGUAUAGAAUGAAAUUAUUCAGAAAAGAAUGUAAAGGGGCAAAUAUUAAAUUAAAUAACAUGAAUAUAGAAAAAAGAGGAGAAAAAAAUUAAACACAGGAUGUCACCACUAGGGCCGUACAAAAAGAAAUACAAACCAACCAAGUCAAAUAUAUUCAAACAAACCAACUCAAAAAAUAAUGUCUAAAUAAUUAAUGGUUUGAAUUUGGUUUGGAAAAGUAAAAUUUUUUAAUUAUUGGUCUGGUUUGCGGUUUCAAAAAUUACAAACCAACAUAAAACCAAACCAAACUAGUAUAUGUACA